GGAUCCAAACGGCCCGUGAGAUCAUUUCACUGUUGCUUGGAUGUGCUGUCCCCGUCGGCGCUUUGUUAUUAGUUGUCUGUGAGUUAUUACAGACUUUGGUAUCAUCCUGCUACUGUAGCCCCGUUCCAUCCACCCAUCAAAGUGAUGAAAGCUAAAUUUCGAUUUGAUGGGUUGGAAAACAGGCCCAGUCAUUACUACGAAGUUUCCGUUUUGAAAAAGAAGUAAUCUAAAUUCCAUACGUCCAGUCCAAGUGUUCAGUGUUCUUCAUCGUCAUCUACACACACGGUAUUUCCUUCACAUUGUGCUUCCAUUCCAAGCAGCCUCGAAUGGCAACCAGCAAGAAAGGCCUGAUGGCUAUGGUGUAUAUUCGUUCUGCCUUCAUCCUCAUAUUCUUGAGUUCACCCUGUCAAUCCAACGACCAGCUGACUCAAACAAAGCCACUCUUGCUCGAAGACACGCUCAUCUCGGAGGGCGGGGACUUUGCUCUUGGCUUCUUUUCCCCUACCAAUUCCAGCAAGAAGCUAUACAUAGGAAUUUGGUACCACCGCGUCACAGAACGCACAGUGGUAUGGGUCGCCAACCGUGACAAUCCAAUCACCACACCUUCAGCCAUGCUCGCCAUCACCGACAAUUUAGAGCUAGUGUUAUCAGACUCCCAAGGACACACUCUUUGGAUGGCAACAGGAAACACAAGUGGAGAUGCUGGAGGAGCUGCUUCUGCGGUGCUACUCAACUCUGGGAACUUUGUCCUUCGGUUGCCGAACGGCACGGAGGUAUGGCAUAGCUUCGAUCACCCGACCGAUACAAUUCUUCCAACCAUGAGGAUCCUCCUAAGCUUCAAGACACAACCGGCAACACGUUUGAUUGCUUGGAAGGGCCCUGACAAUCCGUCAACUGGGGAUAUUUCUUCUGGCAUGGAUUCAACGAACCUUCAGAUGUUCAUUUGGAAAGGGGCACUGCCAUACUACCGUUUCCCUGUUGUUAAUGAUAUGGCAGUCGCCGGUGCUAUGUACCAGCAGAGCAAUGGAAACGCCGCCAUCAUGUAUGAAACGAGGGUGAACGCAGGGGAUGCGUUGUAUUAUACGUACACAGUCUCGUCCGGUUCACCCUACACACGCUUUUCACUUGACUACACAGGCAAAGGGAGAUUACUGAGCUGGAACAGCACCACAUCGUCAUGGACAGUCAUUAUCGAGCAUCCUCAUAGCUGUGAUCUCUAUGCUUCUUGUGGUCCAUUCAGCUACUGUGACCAAAUGGGGCCACUACCGACGACAUGCCAGUGCCCUGAUGGGUUUGAGCUCCUCAACAGUCUAAAUUUCUCUAGAGGAUGCCGGAGAAAGGAAGAGCUGAAAUGCGGAGUGGGGAACUAUUUCAUGGCCAUGUCUAGUAUGAAGCUUCCUGACAAGUUCUUGCACAUUAAGAAUAGAACCUUUGACCAGUGUGCUGACGAGUGCACUAGAAACUGCUCCUGUAUGGCAUACGCCUAUGCCAACCUAAGCAGCAUUGGUGCUGUGGGUGACACAUCAAGGUGUUUGGUUUGGAGCGGGGAUCUCAUCGACAUGGAGAAGAACAGCUUUUCAGAGGUCUUGUACAUCCGGCUUGGUGGAUCUGUUCGAAGGAAGAGCAGUUUGCUGAAAAUUUUACUCCCAAUUAUACUGUGUGUGCUGCUACUCAUGCUUGGAGCCCUUGUCUGGACAUGUAAAAGCAGAGGCAAACGGCAAAAGAAGAGAGUUCAAAAGAGAAGGAUGCUAGAAUACUUGAGUUCUACUGAUGACGCUGGGGACAAGAACAUAAACUUCCCAUUUAUUAGCUUUGAAAACAUUGUCACAGCAACAGAUAAUUUCUCUGAAUCUAAUUUGCUUGGGAAAGGAGGUUUUGGCAAAGUGUACAAGGGAAUGUUGGAAGGCACAAAGGAAGUAGCUGUCAAGAGACUUAGCACGGGUUCCGGCCAAGGCAAGGAGGAGUUCAAAAAUGAAGUAGUCCUAAUUGCAAAGUUGCAGCACAAGAACCUAGUUAAGCUUCUCGGUUGUUGUAUUCAUGAAGAUGAGAAGCUGUUAGUUUAUGAGUACUUACCCAACAAAAGCUUGGAUUACUUCCUCUUUGCUUCUGCAAGAAAAUCAAUGCUUCAGUGGCCAACAAGGUUCAAGAUAAUCCAGGGGGUUGCUAGAGGAAUUAUGUAUCUCCAUCAUGACUCAAGAUUAACUGUAAUUCAUCGAGAUCUAAAAGCAAGCAACAUCUUGCUAGAUAAGGAGAUGAACCCAAAGAUAUCAGAUUUCGGCAUGGCUAGGAUAUUCUCUGGUGAUCAGCUCCAAGCAAAUACUAACCGAGUUGUAGGGACAUAUGGCUACAUGUCUCCUGAAUAUGCAAUGAAAGGUGCAUUUUCAGUUAAGUCUGACACCUACAGCUUUGGUGUUCUUAUAUUGGAGAUUGUAAGUGGAUUAAAGAUAAGCUCACCAUAUCUUAUCAUGGAUUUUUCUAACCUUAUAACAUUUGCAUGGAACAUGUGGAAAGAUGGGAAACCAGAAGAUUUUCUUGACUCAUCUGUAACGGAGAGUUGCUCCCUCGAUGAAGUUUCACGAUGCAUCCAUAUAGGACUCCUGUGCGCUCAAGACAAUCCGAGUUGCAGGCCACUCAUGUCAACAGUUGUGUCCAUGCUGGAGAACAAAGCAACACCACUGCCAACACCGAAGCAACCUAAAGAUUUUGCACUUCGGGACUACAAUCCUGGAAACGAAGGUGUCCACAGGGAAUUGUCCGUAAAUGAUACAAGUCUCACUAUGGUGGAGGGCCGUUAGAUUAUUGUUUUUGAUACUACGAUGGGGGAGCACAUAGCCCACCAGAAAUAUUCAUUGAAGACAGACGUUUAGUCCCUAUUUUGUUUAUGGGUAUUUCUGUUUAGACAAAUUUAGUAUCAAUUUAAUCUAUAAAAUUUAUUAUGCAAGAACAAUCUAUUGGAAAGGUAAAGUUUAUUAUGCAAUU